AUGCGUCAGAAUGGAUGAUGGCGCGGUUUCUCGCGACAUAAACUUUGAUCCGCGUGAGUUUGUAACAAUAAAGCCACUUCCAAGUACCAGGCCGUCGGGAGAAAAGUUACAAGCGCGGAGCAAGACCGUAUAUGUCACCUGCCAUGACAAACAGGUGUUUUGGGAGAACUACCGCCGCAGACAGCGACAGCUGAACCGACAGGGCUACUGGGCAGCGCCCUGGAGAUCCUACGAGGAAGUUGGAGAACCUUUGUAUUUGGAACCCAAAAAACUGAUCCUUUCUUCGCUGGGACAGCUUGACGAGGCACUCCAAGAGACGCCCGUGUCAUCUAAGACGGGGCCUGUGAGCUCCUCCGCCAACCUCGUCUCCACACAUGCAUUGAUGAGCUCGUCAUUUCAUGUCCCACAGACCCGAAGUAGAGAAGAUAUUGUCAACCUUAAGCAACACCUGGCACAAACAAGGAGACUCCUGCGGGCAGUCAGACAGGGCAGAGGCUACUUUCAGCUGCUGGAGAAGGAGGCGCAGGAGGCCAAGGGGCAGGAGACGCAGGGAGCCCCAGGACCUCAACCCCCCGGCCUGUCCUCGGACAGCGACACAGACUCAGAGAGCCCUGUGUCGUCUGGUCUCAGCUGGCCUCAGUCUCAGACAUCCAGCAGAGGGAGAUGCAGGACCCAAUCAGCACGCCCCUUCACCCCCAUACACCGCUCACUCAUGGCCCCGCAGCUGCACCAGGUCCCACCGGAGUCCGUGUUUCGCCAGCUGUGCUGUCUGAACUGGCUUCUGGAGGCCCUGACGCUGGGGCGCAUGGGCCGAGCUGCACCAGUCUCAUCCUGCUGGGACCCUAAGGAUCCAGGGGAAAGUAAGGCUGCCAUCAAGGCCCUGACCAAGGAGAAAGCCAUCCAGGCCAAGUGGGAGCAGUUCAUCAGUGUGCCAAAGACUCCAUGCAGGCUCCCCAGCAGGCCAUCUCGCGCCUCCUCUGGCUGCUCUUACCUGCAGAAAGCGCCCAGCCAGAGUCGGGCCUCCUCCUCCCUGGCCAUCACUCCCACCCUGGGCAGCCUGACGUGUCUGGCCCCUGGGGCGGAUGGGGCAGGAGGAUUUGCAGUGACCAGUGAGGAGACAGACCAGCAGAGUGUUGCAGGGUCCGACGCCGAACCCCCAGUCUCAGAGUACCUGCAGAAGCUUCUGGAAGAGGUUUACCAGAGUGUUGCCAAAGAUCUCUAUGGCCCGGGGACAAAGACUGUUGGAGACUUUGUUUGGAAAAGCAAACUAAAAUCAGCGUCUGCAAACAAUAUCACCUCUGGUAGACAAGAUCCUACUGUGGGGUUCAAGAGGGAGACUCCACGACCAAAGAGUUGCCCCGCCGGACAGCUCUCGGCCACCACGCGGUUUAUCAACAGGAAAUCCUCCAGGUUGGACGAGCUGAGGACUUCCUUUGAGGAGCGUGCAGAGGAGCUGGCCCAGACUUUCAGCGACUGUCUGGAGGCCAAGUCCAAGCUGCUGGUGCUGUUGCGUAAUCUCGCUGCGGCGGCCGAGCGAAACAGGAAGUUGGCGCGGGUGCUAGAGAAGCUGCAGCGCUUUGCCGAUGAGCGCCGUCUCAGGGUGCGUCCCCAGGUCUUCCUCAAAGUCUUGGGCACCCUGCAGCCGUGGGAGCUGUGCCUCCCGGACCUGUGUGUGGCCAUAGAGGUGGUGCGGGAGCAUGCGGUGAAGAUGAGCAGGGAGGACUACGACGCCUGGCUACUCAGAAGGACAUGGGCCCCGGGAGGCCAAGAGCACAGCUAAUAUCUCAUGAUCACACACACACACACUCACUCACUCACUCACUCACUCACACACACACACACACACACACAAACAUACAAGGUACAUACAUACACCCACCCACAAAGUAUAUAGACACAUACAAAUGCACACAUGCACACAAAUGGAUAGAUAUAACAGAUAGAGCCUUCCAUCUGUGAAAACUUUGUCUGUUGCACAUGAAAGCUUACAAUACGAUACGGACAAAACAAAUCAACGUCUGAAAUGGACGGAUCCAUUUCCGUACAAACAAACAGGAAACUUAAAUGAGGCACACACACACCCUGAUUUGACAUUGCAGGGCUUGUUGGGCCUAUUGUGUGUCUCCCAGGUGCUAUUGUGUGUGUCUGAGUGCUUUUGACACACAGGUAUCUCUCCCCUUGACUAAGUUACUGAGAAACAGGUGUCCCCGCCCUAACUGUAUUCUCUGGAAGAGACCUGGACCUGUUCUGGUCCCAGAACUGAUCCUAGGUCAGCAUAUCUAUCCAACAUAGAAUUACUACAGCACCAGGGACAUUAUAUAGACAAAUUAACAAAAGUUACAUUUCUCAAAUUUAAACUGAACCUUAAAAUGAAACAUAUUCCCUGGGGAUAUCCACAGGCAGGCAGGAGGUAGAUAUUCAGCUGGAUUAGUUUGCAUGACAAGCUUUGAGGAUCAUCCUCUGACCUCUCCUUCGGCCACAUUUAUUUUCACUACACUGAAAACUCUACUCUGUCUGUUGCUAGGCAGAUUACACAGCAGCAGACUUGAACAUUGAAACUGUUGAAACUCAGUCAUACAGACAUUGAUAAAGAACUAGUUGUGAUGUUGAAUCUGUUUCGUGAUGGAGACGUAUUUAAUCACACCAAAGACUAUUGUAGUCACUAGUGAUGGAAAGGAAAAUAUGCAGCCUAUGGUAUGACGCAAUCAUGCCCACACAAUGCAUUUGUAUUGUGUUUUUAAAACAGUCCAAAACGUUUCGCAUGUCUAGAUCAGACUGCAAAAUAGGGGUCAUUAGCAGUGUACGCACAUGUGCACCUUUGUCUGCGUUUUGUUUUCAUCAUCACACUUGGGCUGCCUCAGCAGAUUUGGACUUUCUUGCAGCACUAGCUAGUAGGUGUCUUAUCCCCAAUGAUAAGCCAUCCUGGAGACGGGAGAGACGGGAGAGACGGGGGAGGGGGUGGGGCGGGGGCUGCAGACUUCUGGAACCGUUGGGGUCAAAAGGCGGCCUGAUACCCAGCCUGGAUAAGUCGUUUAACCUGAUGAUGGGGGUGGCGGUGGAAAACAAAGGGGUUCCGGGUGGUUCUGCUGGGUGGAGUCUAUAAAUACCUUGAAUUCCUCUUUGUCUCUGGCAGAAGCUUGUGUGAAAUGUCUCAGAUCCCUGUCCUAAAAUUCAAUUUGUUUAGGGUAAGAAAAAUAAAUAGAUCAAAACUU